UGGGAUAUUAGAAAAGUUUUACACACUAACUUGCGGAACCCCUACGACCGGUUUAUAAAAAAACCUCUGUCACAACCUCACUCUUAUGCUAAUAUCGAGGAGUGCAGAACAAAACACAAUGGGAUUCCGCCGGUGCUUGUUUGUUUCCAAUAUGUGUUAUACACUUUCAAAAGUUGUGUUGUUUCAUCUCGUGGUUGUUAGCUCAUCAGUUUCCUCAUUGCAGCAAUCUUGUCAUGACGAGGAGAGGUCUGCCUUGCUGCAAUUCAAGGAAAGCUUCAUCAUUGACAGAUCUGCCUGGUUUUGUGAAGGCGCUUAUCCAAAGAUUUUGCAAUGGAAACUAGCUGAGGGACGAAACGUCAGCUGCUGUGCAUGGGAUGGCAUUGUGUGUGAUGAGAGGACGGGUCAUGUUAUUGGCCUUGAUCUUAGUAGCAGCUGUCUCCUGGGCUCUAUCAACUCCAACAGCAGCCUUUUCCGGCUUGUUCAUCUUCAAGUGCUGAACCUUGCUGACAACAACUUCAAUUCCUCUCGAAUUCCUACUAGCAUUGGGAAUUUCCCUGGGCUCAUGCAUCUUGAUCUCUCUGGUUCUUCCUUUUCUGGCCAAAUCCCUUCCCAAAUUUCACAGCUGGCCAACUUGUCGUCCCUUGAUUUGUCUUCCAACGAAGGUCUAACUGGUCAUUUUCCUGAAUUUAAUACAAGCAGUACUCUCACUUUACUGUAUCUUAGCUCCACUAGCUUAUUCGGAAAUUUGCCUUCUUCAAUCGAAAAGCUUGAUUUAUUAAACACGCUGGAAUUGGCAGACUGCAAGUUCUCGGGUUUGGUUCCAUCUUCACUUGGUAAUCUUAGGCAGCUCAUACAUUUAGACCUUUCAGGAAAUAACUUUAGCGGUCCAGUCCCUAGUUCAUUGGCAAACCUCACCCAACUGAAGGAGCUCCGUCUUGAAGUGAAUGCUUUUAGUGGCUCCAUUCCCUCGGCUCUCAGUAGUCUCAACAAGCUCGAAGUCCUGUCACUUUUCUCUAAUCAGUUUAGCGGUUACAUCCCGGCUUCACUAGGAAACCUCACCCACCUCACAGAGCUUUCUCUGUUUUUUAAUCAGUUAACCGGUCCAAUUCCUUCUCUAGCAAACCUCACCCACCUCACAGAACUUGAUCUAUCUUCGAGUCAGUUAACCGGUCAAAUUCCUUCUCUAGCAACCCUCACCCACCUCACAAGACUUGAUCUGUCUUUGAAUCAGUUAACCGAUCUAAUUCCUUCUCUAGGAAACCUCACCCACCUCACAGUACUUUAUCUGUUUUCGAAUCAGUUAACCGGUCCAAUUCCUUCUCUAGGAAACCUCACCCACCUCACAGAACUUUACCUGUCUUUGAAUCAGUUAACCGGUCCAAUUCCUUCUCUAGGAAACCUCACCCACCUCACAGAACUUGAUUUGUCUUCGAAUCAGUUAACCGGUCCAUUACCUAAUUCCUUAUCCAAUCUCAUCAAUCUCGAGUUUUUUGAUGCAUCUGAUAAUAAUCUGACUGGUACAGUGGAGUUCCGGAUGGUGUUCCAUAAGUUACAAGGACUCACCGAUUUACAAUUAUCUCGUACCAAUUUGAAAAUUUUCACAGAAACAGAAAGUACGAAUGCAAGCCUACUUCCAAGGUUAGAACUUCUAGGAUUGAGUUCGUGCAACAUAAGAGAGUUCCCAAGUUUCCUGCAGUAUCAAGAAACAUUGGUGUCCUUGGACCUUUCCUCCAACAAUUUGCAUGAAGUACCAAAAUGGAUGUUGAACACAAGCACAGAGACUUUGGAGGAGAUGGACAUUUCUGACAACUUCCUUUCAAGCAUUGUCCAGCCUUCAGAUGCCUUUCCUUGGGUUAUCCUACAAGUUUUAGUGCUCAAGAAUAACAAUCUAAAUGGAGCAAUUUCACCAUUGAUCUGCAAUCUGACUUCUCUUCGGUUCCUUGACCUCUCCAACAACAAUAUGAGUGGAAUGCUUCCCCCCUGUCUCUUCAGCGAUGAUCUGCUAGGUUUAUAUCUUGGAAACAACUCUUUUAGCGGCUUUCUUCCUGAAAUAUACACCAGCACAAGCAGUCUGAGGGUGAUUGAUGUUAGUCAUAACCAAUUGCGAGGGCAACUACCAAGGUUGUUGGGGAACUGCACGACACUUGAGUUUAUUGAUCUGUCAUACAAUAAAUUCAGCGAUGUUUUUCCCUUUUGGUUGGGAGCUCUUCCGAAGUUAAAAGUUUUGAAAAUGCACCAGAACGCGUUCUACGGUCUGAUGGAGGAACCUCAUCAGGACAGUGUUGAAUAUUUCCCUGAGUUACGAAUUCUGGAUCUAUCUUUUAAUAGUUUCAGAGGCAAAUUUCCAUCUCAAAAGAUCUUUUCCGGGAAUGUCAUGAGGGGUGUCACUCGAAACCAGUCAACAUAUAUGAAGGUAGACACAACUAACGAUGAUAUAAAAUUUGAGGAAUAUUACUCAAUCACGAUAACUAGCAAAGGUGUGGAGAGAUAUUAUCCGAAGAUUCAAGAAGCCCUUGUAGCGAUUGACAUCUCAAGCAACAAAUUUGAAGGGAGGAUUCCAGAAUUUAUUGGGAACCUAAAGGGGCUGAUAUCAUUCAAUAUAUCUGGUAACCUCCUAACUGGUCCCAUCCCAUCAUCUUUCGGGAAUUUAACGUGGCUUGAAUCACUGGACCUUUCACAAAACAAGCUUUCAGGACAAAUCCCUCAAAGCCUCGCGCAGCUUACAUUCCUUGAAACAUUCAUUGUCUCUAACAACAGCUUGACAGGUCCAAUACCGCAUGGAACCCAACUUAUUUCAAUGGGUAGCAGUUCAUAUGAAGGAAACCCUGGAUUGUGUGGAGAUCCUUUGCCAAAGAAAUGCGGAGAUCCUAAGGCUCCUCGCCAGUCGCCUUCAAAAACCGAAGAAAAUGAUUCAGGCUCGUUUGAAUUUGAUUGGAAAUUUGUUUUGGCUGGUCUCGGAAGUGGGUUGGUGGUGGGAGUUGUUCUUUCUGAUGUGGUGAUCACAAGGAAGCGUGAAUGGUUUGUUGAGAUUGUUAAAACCAUCAAGCUGAUGAUAGGAAAUUCAUAAGUCCGCUAUAAGGUUAUGCAUUUGGUGUUGUUUUUUUGCUUGUUUUAUAUUAUUUCUUUGUACUCCUUUUUAAUGUUAUGUCUUCCUUUUGUAAUAUGGUGUAUUAGUUCCAUAAAAGGUACUGUAAGAUGAAGUGAAACUGGUACCGGGCAGAAUCGUUUGCUAUGUAUGGAAUAAUAGAACAAGAAUUCAUAA